AUGCCUCUUGCAAAAGAUCUUCUUCAUUCCUGUCCGGAAGAGGAGAAGCGGAAACACUGGAAGAAGCACCUGGUGCAGAGCCCCAACUCCUAUUUCAUGUAUAUGAAAUGCCCAGAAUGCUAUAAAAUCACCACAGUUUUUAGCCAUGCACGAACAGUAAUUUUGUGUGUUGACUGCUCCACUGUCUUCUGCGAGCUUACAGGAGGAAAAGCAAGGCUUACRGAAGGAUGUUCCUUCAGGAGGAAGCAGCACUAA